AAUGCAUCUCCUACUCCUCGCCACCACGCUCCUCCUUAGCCGCGUCACCGCCGCGGCCCCAGCAUCCCAAGAUCCAACCGCACACACCGAAGAUGUCGAAAUCUCCGGCCACGUCUACCGCGCAGACCGCGUCAUGAUGGAGCUCCGAACCGGCAUCGGAUGCGCCCCGAUCUACCCCGAGGCCAUAUCCUACAUGCUCAACGCAGGCCACGUGUGCCGCUUCUACUCCGGCGGCUGCAUUCCGGAGAAGGAGAUCGUCCAGGCGACUGGCCCAGCAUACGCCUACGCCACGCCUCAUGCCGUGGCGUACGAAUGCUCGCGCGUCGUGGACAAAGAGGCUCGUGGAGUCGCGGCGGUCAACGAGGAAAUCCCUCCUAAAAUCGGGCUUGUGGUUGUUCAAGAUGCGAGCGUCGAGGAGCUCACGACCAAGCUUGCAUGCAACCGGCUCUCUGGCCUGGCGACCUGGUACCUCGUCGAAGCGGGCUAUACGUGCAUUUUCUGGUCCGGCGACUGCGUUAUCGAGAAGGAGGUUGCGAAGGCGACGGGGCCGAACUUUGGGAACUUGCUUCCGAAUGCGGUGUCGUAUACUUGCGUGGAGCCUGCGGAUAGCUUGAGGAGAGGUGUUGCGCUGAGGGAGCAUGAUGUGCCUGCGGAGCUGGUGGUUAAGCAGGCGAUGCAUCGGGAGGAAAGGGGGUUAGGGGGUUUGCGUUUUGAGGGAGGGCGGUGA